AUGAAUAUCAACAUCGACCUGGCGCGGGAUACGCUUUGUAAGAACAUUCUCAUAUAUGGCUACUGUAAGUAUGAGAACAAGGGGUGUGUGUUCAGUCACGUUGUCAAACCAACUGGAUCAAAUGGUGGAGCAGGGGCGGCUUCAGGCUCUGGUGCUUCUACUACUGGAAACUCGGGGGCAAAUGCUGCAGGCUCUACAGGGGGAUCUAAUGUAGCAGCUUCUGCUGCGGGUGGUGCUGCUUCUCUGGGGAUUUCCUCGCCAGCCUUGGCAACUGCUGGUACCACAGUGUCUACACCAACCUCGACAUUAGAAAGAAAACGCUUUAACCUCAAUACUCCGUCAUUCCAACCUUCCACCACGUCCAAGUUUGCAGCUUCCCCAAAACUUAAGGAGAUCCCAACCUUUGUGCCCGAAGGUCUUUCUCAUGACGUGAAUGGGUCGUUUGGAGAUGCAGCCGCAUCUGUAUCAGCCAACGCCAACGCCAAUUCCUCAAUUAACAGCACCCCAACUGCAUCCUUAAAGAAAUUUAACGUGUCGACUCCUUCGUUCACACCAUCUUCGUUUCUUCCUGUAAACGGGAACUCAUCCAUCAUCAAUCAAGGCGACAUCUCUGCCUCUUCUCCUAUAUUGAGCCAACAUACAGGUCCCUUGGGAACCCCGACUGGAGGUAAUCUUGGAGGUCCUGCUGGUGGAGUUCCUGGUAUCCCAGGAGGUAUUCCUGGUGGUCCUGCUGGGAUUCCUGGACAAGGGCCUACAAACCCAUAUUCUGCACCUUCAUCAUCAGACGCGUAUUUCCAAUCAUCAAGGUCAUUCCCACUUCAAUAUCAUUUAUAUGCUCCUGCUCCACCUCCUAGAUUAACCAUCCCUCUCCCACCAUUUGAAACUAAUGCCCAAUCCAUGUUCAUUGCAAAUGAUUUACGUGAAGCACUCACGAAACGUAACGAGGCAACGUUGCAAACCCUUCCUCGCUCAAACCUUCCUGAUCACAUAAACAUUUACCAUCUGCUUGUGCCUAUAGAUAAUCAUAACGUUAUGGUAGCCAAACCACCUUCAAAGGUAUUUGGAGUACCAACGUCAGUAUACAAAGUUUUCUCCAAUGUUGAUGGGAACCCGUAUGUUUUGGUAAGAAUAGAAAACCAAUCAAUCAUUAGAAUUCAAAAUGAAUUACCAUUCCACAGGGUUAAAGCCUGGAAACUGCUCCGUUGUGCCAACGUUGUACAACUUCAAGAAGCUUUCACAUCAAUGGCGUUUGGCGGGAAACAUGCGUCAUUGAUUGUCACUUAUGAUUAUUAUCCAAAUUCGAACACUUUACAAGAACAACAUAUUGUAAGGAAGCUUGGAGGUAAGCUUGAGCCGAUCAAUGAAGAAGUUUUGACUGCGUACCUUGUGCAGAUUGCAAAUGCAUUGAGCAGCAUACACGAACGUGGAUUGGCUGCCAGAGAAAGUAUAGAUGUCACAAAAAUCAUUGUUACUAGUAAAAAUAGAAUUAAAUUAAGCGGAUGUGGUGUUGGAGAUAUCUUACAUUAUGAGGAAUCUGAAGAUAUGUCUGUAUACCAACAACGUGAUAUUAAAAACUUUGCUAGAUUGAUGAUUGAUUUGAGUUUAUUGUUGGUGCAACCUAAUUUAAGAACUGGAACCGAGUUACAAUCUAUCAAGACUUUAAGAACUUUAUCUAUAUUCUCUGAAGAAUAUCUCAAUAUACUUGAACAGUUGGUAGGCUGGGAAGGUUCCAUCCAAGAGUUCAUUGCCAAGAAUCUUGCCAGUAAACUAAUGCAAUUCAUCAAUGGAUUGCAAGAUGGUCAAGAUUAUAUGGAACUGCAACUCACUGGGGAAUUGGAGAAUGCACGUUUAUUCAGACUUGUUACUAAACUUAACUUCAUCUUGGAUAGACCAGAGAAUGCCACCGACCUGCAAUGGAAAGAAAAUGGUCCUAAAUACAUCAUCAAACUUUUCCGUGAUUAUGUUUUCAAUGAGGUGAAUGAAUAUGGGAAACCAGUUUUAAAUUUAUCACGAGUAUUGACAUGUUUGAAUAAAUUAGACGCGGGAAUAGAAGAAAAGAUUAUGCUCAUCAGUGAAGACGAGAAAUCAUGUGUUAUUGUGACGUACAAGGAGAUCAAGGAGUUGAUUGGAACGUCAUUUAGAAAGUUAAUGAGAUAA